GGUCGGACAGACAGACGGACAGAGGAGCAGAUAUGAAGCAUCCACUGAUGAACACAAGAGGUUACAGCUCAUGUCUCUGCUGUCACUACAAGCACAAGAUGAUAUUUGUUGUGGUGACAGUUCUGCUGCAAGGUGUUGUCGCCGUCCCAGCCACCGCUCCGGACCCCUGCUCUGCCUACAUCAGCCUGAACGAACCACGAAGAAACACGGACUACCAUGUCAACCAGUCGGCCGGCCUGCCGCACUGUGACAACCACAUGUCUGGGGAAUGGUACCGCUUCACCGGCAUGGCAGGUGAAGCCAUGCCCACGUUCUGCAUCCCGGGGAAUCAGUGCGGCACCCACUCUCCCGUGUGGCUCAACGGCAGCCACCCUCAGAUCCAAGACGGCGUGGUCAGCUUGCCAGUCUGUGCCACCUUUGGAGACGACUGCUGCCGCUGGAAUGCCAGCGUGGAUGUGAAGGCCUGCAGUGGAGGGUAUUUCGUGUACCGCCUUCCCAGACCAUCCGCCUGCUUCCAAGUCUACUGCGGCCAUUUCUAUGACAUCUGCGAUGUGGUGGACUGCAAAGGUCCCACGUGUCCUCAGCCAGAGUGUCACUGUGCUGUUGGGAUGGUCCUGGGACCGGACGGACAAACAUGCCUUGAUGUGAACGAGUGUGAGAGGGCCAAUGGCGGCUGUUCGGAGGUGUGCGCCAACACUAAAGGCUCCCGGCGCUGUGAGUGCAGAGCGGGUCGGGUCCUGGCUGAAGAUGGGAUCAGCUGUCGAGAGGUCACCGGCUGUCAUGCCGACAACGGAGGCUGCAGUCACGGCUGCACGUCCUGGCUGGACUCGCACCGGUGCCACUGUCCCCGAGGACUGGAGCUGGGGGAGGACAAACGCACCUGUCAGGUGCCGGUCCAGUGUGACCCCAGCUCUAUCACCGUCUCCGUACCUAAGGACCUGGUGGGAGGACUGGAGCUAUUCCUGUCGAACUCCUCCUGUCGUGGCAUCUCCAACGGCACACACAUCAAUCUCUCCUUCAGCCUGAAGACCUGCGGGACCACAGUGGAGGUGACAGGUGACAAGAUCGUGGGCAGCAACAUGGUGACGGGUCUUCCUCGGAGCAGCCCAGGCAGCAGCAGGGACCUGAUAAUGCGCACAAACAAGCUGGUGCUGCCAGUGACCUGCGAGUUCCCCAGAGAGUACCAGGUCUCCGAUGGAUACCAGGCCAGUCAGCGCGGCUCGCCGCUGGAGUUGGCGGGUCACAGCGAGGGAGUCUUCCCCUUCUCCCUGGAGCUUUUUAAGAGUGCGGAGUUCUCCGAGCCGUACCAGACGCCGCCGCAGCUGCGCCUCCACGACUCGCUGUUUUUUGGGGUGGAACCUAAAGAGAGGGUGGAAGGUCUCUCCGCACUGGUCGAGAGCUGCUUCGCAACACCGGGGCCUAAAGCUGACCAGGCCCUCAAGUACUUCCUCAUCAAAGACGGCUGCAUCUCAGAUGAAACAGUGACUCAGAUCACCUCCAAGGACCAGCUCUCCAAGCACUACCAAGUCCCAGUCUUCAAAUUCAUCGGGAAGGACAGCCGGCAAGUCUUCCUCCACUGUCAGGUCCUGGUCUGCGGGGCGGGAGACUCCCGCUGCGCACAGAGGUGCAGGGGGCGCGUGCGCAGGCAGGCUGGGCCGAAGAGGGAGCUUCACACUCUGAGUGGUGGACCCAUCGUCAUCCUCUCUGACCCCUGACAACUGUUCAGUUCCAGCUGAGGUCCGCAGUGUCGUCGGCAUCAGCAGCAACAUGGCAGGUUCAGAAUGUCACAUUCUGCCGUCAAGAUACUCUCACUAUACUCACUGACUCAUAUCAUGUAGGCAACGUAGCCAAUAAAA